AUGUCUAUGGGGACAGAGCCAUUGUGGACGCCCUUCUCCUGUCUCACUAGAUGGCAGUACCAGUUCUCUCUAUCUGUCCCGAACACCACCGAGGAAGAAGAAAACAGUCACAGGUCACCGGAAUCAGAGGAGGAGAUAGCCGGCUGAAACCGCGUACACGCCGACAGGAUCCAACAUCUGAGAUCGCACUUCGUUUAUUUACUUUUAGUGGAAACAGACCAACAUGGCCAAGAACAGAGGCGGAAACCGUGAGACAGACAGCAGUCCUCUGGUAGAGGAGCAACCGAGGCCCUCGAAAGAAUCUCAAAUCCUUAAAGAAGUCCAGUCGCCAGGAGGAGCUUCAGCACGCAUGUCAGUCCUCAUCUUUGUCUCCAUCUUUGCCUGUUCAGCUUGUGUCAUGUAUCUGCUGUUCAAAUAUUUUCCAGAGCUGAGCGAAGAUGAGAGGGAAAAGAUCAAAAUUCCUAAAGACAUGGAUGAUGCCAAGGCGUUGGGCACAGUACUGUCCAAAUACAAGGACACUUAUUACACACAAGUACUUUUAGCGUACUUUUCUACAUAUAUCUUCCUUCAGACGUUUGCCAUUCCAGGCUCCAUAUUUCUCAGCAUACUGUCUGGAUAUCUUUAUCCUUUUCCUCUAGCUCUCUUCCUGGUCUGUCUGUGUUCAGGCCUAGGAGCGUCUUUUUGCUAUAUGCUGUCUUAUUUAGUCGGGAGACCAAUAGUCUACAAGUACCUUACAGAGAGAGUGCAGAAAUGGUCACAACAGGUAGACAAGCACAGAGAACACCUAAUUAAUUACAUCAUUUUCCUGAGAAUAACACCGUUCCUUCCAAACUGGUUCAUCAACAUCACCUCACCGGUCAUUAAUGUGCCUCUUGGUGUCUUUUUCCUGGGCACCUUUCUUGGAGUAGCCCCUCCAUCCUUUGUGGCAAUAAACGCAGGGACGACGCUGUAUAAGUUGACCACAGCUGGAGAGGCAGUGUCUUGGAACUCUCUCCUCGUGUUGGGCGUUCUGGCUGUUGUCUCCAUCCUACCCGUUUGCUUUCAGAAGAAACUCCAGCAGAAGCUUGAUUAGACUUCUAGAGCCCUCCUUCAUCCAGCUCAGGAAUGAUAACGGUCCUCUUCAGGCCAACUUCUGUUUUUCGACUCUUCUUUUAUGCAUGUACUGUACCACAAACUCAUUUCUUCAUAUGACUGGUGACGGUCAACCAAUGAAUGUCAGUGACGGACUGGCCUAGACACUUUACAUAUGUUUCUUUGCAUUGCUUUCAUGGGAUGAAAAGUCUACCUUCUAACGUUAAGCAAUAUUUUCCAUGUUGGUGUCUUCAGAGGUUUUAAACCCCCCAAUAUUUUUCUAAACAACAGCAAUGUAAUUAAAAAAAUUCUAGAGGAAGUGUUCUUUAAUAUGUACGAUACACUGGAAAAUGCAUCCAUUUUUUUAAAUGGCUUUUCUUUCUGUAAUGGUUUCUAUUCUAAUUCUAAUCUUAAUUCUAAUGCAAGCUAAGAUUGCAGUAGGAAAUAGGAAUCUCAAAGUUGGAGGUCUCCCAACAGUGCCCUGAGUACUGCUGUUAACUGUAGGUGAUAGUGCUUAGCUUGUUAUAGCCUAGCCUAGUUUGUUGAUGGCAAAUUUGUCACUUUUUAACCUUAGAAAACGUAAUCUCUACAUUUGAAUGCAACUUUUUGGAAUAGUCAAAAUGGCAAAUUAUUUUGAACUUUUUGAAAUAGUUCUGAUAAGUAGAAAAUAUAAGGACAUAGUUAGGCCUAUGUGUAGGUAAUAAUUUUUAUUUUAUCCACAAAACAGCGGGAAGUAUUAAUUCUGAGCCUUAGAUUGGUUAUCUGGAAAUCUAUGAGAUUUAUAACUGUUAAAGUCAGUUUUCCUGGACCAAGUCAAGCUGUUGUAAAGGUUGUUUCAACCAAUUUUUAAUAGCUAAGGUACAAUUUGCUGUAUUUUUUAAUUCAUGAAAACUACGUCUGACAGAUAUUAACACUUUCAAAAUGGGUCAAAAAGUUCAGUACACUUGUAUCCUAACUACAUUAGCUUGAAGUUGGGAAUGGAAUUAGCAAAAAGCAUGGGGAUGAAUGAACAUUGUUUGCACUGAACUUUCUCGUAUGUGAGAGGGUGUGACAAGGGAUUGUUGCUAUAUUCUCUUGGAUUAAUAAUUUUUUUGCUGUCUUUUUCUGUCAUACACAACAUUAAUUUUGUGUAAUCUCUAAAUGUCUUUUUUUUUUUUUCACCCAAGUACCUCAGAAAGCUCUUUAGUUAUCAAGAAGUGAGUGAGCGGAUGUGACUGAGUUAUGUAGUAGUUCUGCAACAAUUUCAAGUUGCAAACAUACUGUAUUUGGUAUGAUGACGAUCGGUUAAUUGAUUAUAAUCUCUCUGACCCAGUUGCAAUUUCCUAAAUUAUAACCUGAUUUUUCUUUAGCAUAUUUUUACAGAGAUGUCUUUAUCUAUAAAUUAUGGUUACUGCUCACAGUAUUACAUAACAUUUAAUUGAAAACUUAUAAAAAAAUAAAAUAAAAAAAAAAGCUAUUCA